UCCUCCAGGGGGCCGACGAACCGCCACUUCCUCAGCGUCCAAUGAAACGCAGUCGGGGGCGGGACAAGUGAAACUGGUGGCCAAUCAAGCUUGUCAAGGUGGGGCUGCUGAGGGGCCCAGCCACGGUUUUCCCAGCCUUGACAGAGUUCGGCGCGCGCGGGUUCCUGUUGUGUGCGCGCCUGCUGCCCGUGCACCUCCUGGGAACGCUCUGCCCUCGGGGUCUCGGCGCCCGUCCCUCUCUGGUUCUGCGGUAACCUAGCACACCCGGGCCCAGGAGCCUGGCUGGGGCAGGAACGGGAGGCGCAGAACAGCGCCUGGAGAGUCAUGGAGCUGAGCACAAAAAAGAAGCUUCACGCCCUGUCCCUGGCUGAGAAAAUCCAAGUGCUAGAACUCCUGGAUGAAUCCAAGAUGUCCCAGUCAGAAGUGGCCCGGCGCUUCCAGGUCUCCCAGCCCCAGAUCUCGCGUAUCUGCAAGAAUAAGGAGAAGUUGCUGGCAGAUUGGUGUAGUGGCACAGCCAACCAUGAGCGCAAGCGGAAGCGUGAAUCCAAGUACAGUGGGAUCGAUGAGGCUCUACUCUGCUGGUACCACAUUGCCCGAGCCAAGGCCUGGGAUGUAACAGGGCCCAUGCUGCUCCACAAGGCCAAGGAGCUGGCCGAUAUCAUGGGCCAGGACUUUGUGCCCAGCAUUGGCUGGCUGGUCCGCUGGAAACGCCGAAACAAUGUGGGCUUUGGGGCUCGCCAGGUCCUUGCCCCUCUGUUCCCUCCUGAACCACCUCCCCCUGAACUACCAUUCCAGGUCCAGCCACCUCUUUCCCUUAAAGACUUCUCACCAGAAGAUGUUUUUGGCUGUGCUGAAGUGCCCUUGUUGUAUCGGGCAGUGCCUGGCGGAGUGCUGGCAUGUGAUCGCUUGCAGGUACUGCUGUGUGCCAACAGCAGAGGCACAGAAAAGCGAAGGGUAUUUGUGGGUGGGCUCCAAGCUGCCCCAAGAUGCUUCUUUGGGAUCAACGGUGAAGCACUACCCGCCUCUUACCACCCUGAUCUCGCCAUCCCUUGGUCAGAAUGGCUGGCACAGUUUGACCAGGACAUGGGACAGCAGGGCCGGCAGGUAGCCUUGUUACUGGCUGCGGGAGUGUCCAUGGAAUGGGCCUGCCUUCCUGAACUCCACCAUGUGCGACUCCUGCCUCUCUCUGCCUCCAGCACCACACCCUCCCUGCCUGGCUCUGUGAUUUGGGCCUUUAAGGCCCAUUACCGUCACCGUCUGCUGAGCAAACUGGCUGCCAUGCAGAAUGGGAGAGGAGGCCCCUCACUGGCUGAAGCCAGGGCCAGCAUCACAGUGUUAGAUGCUCUGCAUAUGGUGGCAGCAGCUUGGGCCAAGGUGCCUCCUCAGCUCAUUUUGAGCAGCUUCAUUCAGGAAGGGCUUGCUCCAGGCAAAACACCACUGUCUCUGGACAAAGACUCAGAGAUGUCACCAGUCCCAAGAGGGCUGAGUCAGGAGGAGUUUUCCCACUUUGUGGACCUAGAGGAUGAGGACCCACGGCCUAGAGUAUACAAAGAGGAAACUGGUACUGAAGACGUUGGGAGGGAAGAAGACUUGGAGUCCCUGCCCACCAAAGCUGACGCCCUGAGAGCACUGUGCACCUUGAGGAGGUGGCUUGAAUGUAACAGCACCUCUCCAGAGCCCUUUGGAAAAUUCUAUGAUUGUGAAUUGGAGGUGGAGCAGCUGUGCUGUGUGUGAAGAAACGUGGCAGCCUGCAGAAUUGUCCUCUCCUGUUUCCCAUGGAAACCUCUCCAGAGGCAGACUGGCUCUUUCCUGUGGAAAUAGCGUUUGGAGGGUGUAGAAGGGAAGGGAGUUGGGACAAAAAGUCUAAGGUCAGUUGCCUUAGCCAACUGAGAAUCUGGGCCAUGUAGCUUCUAAGCAAGCUCUGGGGGGCAGUUAGUCUAGAGAGGCUGGAACCUAGAAAGUGAAUUAUUUUUUGUUUGUUUUUUGAGACAGGGUUUCUCUGUGGCUUUGGAGCCUGUCUUGGAACUAGCUCUAGUAGACCAGGCUGGUUUCGAACUGAGAUCCACCCGCCUCUGCCUUCCGAGUGCUGAGAUUAAAGUUGUGUGCUACCACUGCUCAGCAAAAGGUGGACUUCUAACAGAUGACCCCACCCCUUAAAUUUUGUGUCAAAACCAAGUCUGUUUCUGGAAAUAAAAUUUUUAACCAGAAA